UCGGGUAGUCUCUUGGAUACCAUGGGCCAUGUUAAGUUAGUGCUAGCUGUAUAUGAGUUUACAGCUCACUUCAUAAUACACUUCACAAUACACUUCACAGUUCACUCCAUAGUCCAUAUGGAAUAUUAAACACAUCAAGUUCUACACCCAGAUCUGAACAACUCAUUCCCGCAGCAUUCAAAACCGAUAUUUUCUACAUUGCUAAGCUAUCAGCAAAGAUGGACAGUGUAAGUUACUCUUCCCGAAUCUCAACAAGUAUCCAAACUAAUAUACCUAUCCAAAGAAAGCAAUCACGGAAGAGAAAAACGGCGUGAUCAAAUUCCAAACUGUCAAGAAUGACGGAAGUGAAAAGAGUUUUAUCACUCUCACAGGCUUUCAAGAAAUAAUUCGAGAGACACUCCGAAGUAUGAGUCCAGCAUAUAUCGCAAAAUCAGUUCUUGAUCCUACACAUACAUCACUCGUCAUGAUCAAAAAGAUCGAGGAGAAGCAGUCGAAUAAAAGCUCCAAGGGUAAAAAUGGCGGAAUCCCCCAACAAAUUGACAAGGUAAUUGGCGGUAUCUGUUACCGUGUCUGGGGAGAAAAACGUAAUUUCGUUGAGAUGGUAUAUCUUGUUAUUUCUACAAAAUACCACGGCGGAGGGUAUGGAUCGCACUUGGUAAACCAUUUUAAAGAUGAGAUUAAAUCUUCGUACGCGGAAAGAGUGAUGGAGGUCCUCGCAUAUGCCGAUCUUACCGCCAUUGGUUUCUUCAAAAAGCAAGGGUUUACAAGAGAUAUUACUCUCGAUGAGAGUAUAUGGGUUGGUGUUAUCAAAGACUACGUCGAAUCAAGUCUGAUGCAAUGCACGUUACUCCCUAAAAUUCGUUAUGUCGAAGCAGCUCGCAUGAUUCGUAAGCAAAAGGAAACUCUCCUAGCUAAAAUCGCCGCCGCAAAAAGAAACGAAGUUGUACAUCCUCCUCCCGCGCAAUGGGCAAGGGGAUCCAUUAAACCCAUCGAUCCUUAUUCUAUUCCCGGCAUACGAGAAUCUGGCUGGUCACCAGCAAUGGAUGCGUUUGCACGAGAAAACAAACCGAGACCUCAUAGCAAUUCACUUCGAGAUUUCUUGUUUCACUUAACGCGUAGUAAGCAAGCAUGGCCUUUCCUCGAGCCUGUUGAUGGAGAUUUGGUCCCGGAUUAUUAUGCGACGAUUACCCAUCCAAUGGAUUUACAGACGAUGGGUCAAAAAUUAGACAAAGGUCUUUAUGAUACACCAAAGUCUUUCGUGGAUGAUGUCAAGUUGAUUAUCAAAAAUUGCAGACAGUACAACAGACCAGGAACAGUCUAUUGCAAGCGUGCAAACUCACUUGAAAGAUUAAUGUUAGCUUUCAUCAAGGAUAUGCCAGAAUGGUCUGAUUUACUCUAA